GGAGGGGUCGGGACGCGGCGCGGUGCGGUGCGGGCGGCUCCGGGCCCAGGUGAAUGGAGUAACCUGACAGCGGGAACGAGGCGACGGCGAGCGGCAGGAAAUGGCGGCGGCGGCGGCGGCGCCGGGCGGCACCGGGAGGCCUGGGCUGUGACGCGCGCGCCGGAGCGGGGUCCGAUGGUUCUGGAAGGCCCGCGGCGCCCAGUGCUGCAGAGAUCGUGCUUGGAGCUCUGGAGGAAACCUUCUGUAGUUAGUGCACUGGAGGCUCAAGGUUCCACACACUGCAGCAGGAGAAGGGAAUUCUGAAACACAAAGGAAAAGGGAUUUCUUCUGAUUUCAACAGGUUACCUAGGGUAUGCAUAAAUACAGACUUGGAAACUGAAAGAACUUAGAGUCAGCAUUUCGAGAGCUGAAGCUUGGGCAUGCUGUGAUUUUCCAAUAAGCUAUCACAAUGUCAGAAUGCAGUUCAGACAGCAGCAACACAGCGCUCGCAGACAUUAAAACGUAAGCUGUGCUAGAACAAAAUGCAAUGAAAGAAACACUGGAUGAAUGAAAAGCCCUGCUUUGCAGCCCCUCAGCAUGGCAGGCCUGCAGCUCAUGACCCCUGCUUCCUCACCAAUGGGUCCUUUCUUUGGACUGCCAUGGCAACAAGAAGCAAUUCAUGAUAACAUUUAUACGCCAAGAAAAUACCAGGUUGAGCUGCUGGAAGCAGCUCUGGACCACAACACCAUUGUGUGCUUGAACACUGGCUCAGGGAAGACGUUCAUCGCCGUCCUGCUCACCAAAGAGCUGGCCCACCAGAUCAGGGGCGACCUCAGUCCGCAUGCAAAAAGGACUGUGUUCCUCGUCAACUCUGCAAACCAGGUUGCUCAACAAGUGUCAGCUGUCAGAACUCACUCAGAUCUCAAGGUUGGGGAGUACUCAAACCUCGAAGUGAAUGCAUCUUGGACAAAAGAGAGAUGGAGCCAAGAGUUUACUAAGCACCAGGUUCUCAUUAUGACUUGCUAUGUCGCCUUGAAUGUUUUGAAAAAUGGUUACUUAUCACUGUCAGACAUUAACCUUUUGGUGUUUGAUGAGUGUCAUCUUGCAAUUCUAGACCACCCCUAUCGUGAAAUUAUGAAGCUCUGUGACAGUUGUCCAUCAUGCCCUCGAAUUUUGGGACUAACUGCUUCCAUUUUAAAUGGGAAAUGUGACCCAGACGAAUUGGAAGAAAAGAUUCAGAAACUGGAAAAGAUUCUCAAGAGUGGCGCUGAGACCGCAACUGACCUGGUGGUCCUGGACAGAUACACUUCUCAGCCUUGUGAGAUUGUGGUGGAUUGCGGACCAUUUACUGACAGAAGUGGGCUUUAUGAAAGACUGCUGAUGGAGUUAGAAGAAGCACUUGACUUUAUCAAUGACUGUAAUGUAUCUGUACAUUCAAAGGAAAGAGAUUCUACUUUGAUUUCCAAACAAAUCCUCUCAGACUGCCGUGCAGUGCUGGUCGUCCUGGGACCCUGGUGUGCAGAUAAAGUAGCGGGGAUGAUGGUAAGAGAACUUCAGAAGUACAUCAAACAUGAGCAAGAGGAGCUACACAGGAAGUUCUUAUUGUUUACAGACACUCUGCUAAGGAAAAUACAUGCACUGUGUGAAGAGUACUUCUCCCCUGCCUCACUUGACCUGAAGUAUGUAACUCCCAAAGUCAUGAAACUGCUCGAGAUCCUGCGCAAAUACAAGCCCUAUGAGCGACAGCAGUUCGAAAGUGUUGAGUGGUACAAUAACAGGAAUCAGGAUAAUUAUGUGUCCUGGAGUGAUUCUGAGGACGAUGACGAUGAUGAAGAAAUUGAAGAAAAAGAAAAGCCAGAGACAAAUUUUCCUUCUCCAUUUACCAAUAUUUUAUGUGGAAUUAUUUUUGUGGAAAGAAGAUACACAGCAGUUGUCCUAAACAGAUUGAUAAAGGAAGCUGGCAAACAAGAUCCAGAGCUGGCUUAUAUCAGCAGCAACUUUAUAACUGGGCAUGGCAUUGGAAAGAACCAGCCUCGCAGCAAGCAGAUGGAGGCGGAGUUCAGAAAGCAAGAGGAGGUACUUAGGAAAUUUCGAGCACAUGAGACCAACCUGCUCAUUGCAACAAGUGUUGUAGAAGAGGGUGUGGACAUUCCCAAGUGCAAUUUGGUGGUUCGUUUUGAUUUGCCCACAGAGUAUCGUUCUUACGUUCAGUCUAAAGGACGGGCACGAGCACCGAUCUCUAAUUAUGUAAUGUUAGCAGACACAGACAAAAUAAAGAGCUUUGAAGAAGACCUCAAGACCUACAAAGCUAUAGAAAAGAUCUUAAGAAACAAGUGUUCAAAGUCAGUGGAUGGUGCUGAGGCUGACGUCCAUGCUGUUGUAGAUGAUGAUGAUGUUUUCCCGCCAUAUGUACUGAGGCCUGAUGAUGGGGGUCCUCGAGUCACAAUCAACACUGCCAUUGGACACAUCAACAGAUAUUGUGCUCGAUUACCAAGUGAUCCGUUUACGCAUCUAGCUCCCAAAUGUAGAACCCGAGAAUUGCCUGAUGGUACAUUUUAUUCAACUCUUUAUCUUCCGAUUAACUCACCUCUUCGAGCCUCCAUUGUUGGUCCACCGAUGGGCUGUGUACGGCUGGCUGAGAGAGUGGUAGCUCUCAUCUGCUGUGAAAAACUGCACAAAAUUGGUGAACUGGAUGAACAUUUGAUGCCAGUUGGGAAAGAGACUGUUAAGUAUGAAGAAGAACUUGACUUACAUGAUGAAGAGGAGACCAGCGUUCCAGGGAGACCAGGAUCCACAAAACGAAGGCAGUGCUACCCCAAAGCAAUUCCAGAGUGCUUGAGGGAGAGUUACCCCAAACCCGAUCAACCCUGUUACCUGUAUGUGAUAGGAAUGGUCUUAACCACCCCCCUUCCUGAUGAGCUCAACUUCAGGCGGCGGAAGCUCUACCCUCCUGAGGACACCACCAGAUGCUUUGGGAUCCUGACAGCCAAACCCAUACCUCAGAUCCCUCACUUUCCUGUGUAUACUCGCUCUGGAGAGGUCACCAUAUCCAUCGAGCUGAAGAAGUCUGGUUUCACACUGUCUCAACAAAUGCUUGAGCUGGUUACGAGACUGCACCAGUACAUAUUCUCACACAUUCUCCGGCUCGAGAAGCCUGCCCUGGAGUUUCAACCCGCGGGCGCUGAGUCAGCGUACUGUGUUCUACCUCUUAACGUCGUUAAUGACUCCAGCACUUUGGACAUUGACUUUAAAUUCAUGGAGGAUAUUGAGAAGUCUGAAGCUCGUAUAGGCAUUCCCAGCACUAAGUAUUCAAAGGAAACACCGUUUGUUUUUAAGUUAGAAGAUUACCAAGAUGCAGUUAUCAUUCCAAGAUACCGCAAUUUUGAUCAGCCUCAUCGAUUUUAUGUAGCUGAUGUGUAUACUGAUCUUACCCCACUCAGUAAAUUUCCUUCCCCUGAAUAUGAAACUUUUGCAGAAUAUUAUAAAACAAAGUAUAACCUUGACCUGACCAAUCUCAACCAGCCACUGCUGGAUGUUGACCACACAUCUUCCAGACUGAACCUUCUAACCCCUCGGCAUUUGAAUCAGAAGGGGAAAGCACUUCCUCUAAGCAGUGCUGAAAAGAGGAAAGCCAAAUGGGAAAGUCUGCAGAACAAACAGAUACUGGUUCCGGAACUCUGUGCUAUACAUCCAAUCCCAGCAUCACUGUGGAGAAAAGCAGUUUGUCUCCCCAGCAUACUGUAUCGCCUUCACUGCCUUCUGACUGCGGAGGAGCUCAGAGCUCAGACAGCCAGCGAUGCUGGCGUAGGAGUCAGAUCACUUCCGGCCGAUUUUAGAUACCCUAACUUAGACUUCGGGUGGAAAAAGUCUAUUGAUAGCAAGUCUUUCAUCUCAACCUGUAACUCCUCGUUGGCUGAGAGUGAUAAUUACUGUAAGCACAGCACAACUGUAGUCCCUGAAAAUGCUGCACAUCAAGGUGCUACUAGACCCUCCUUAGAAAACCAUGACCAAAUGUCUGUGAACUGCAAAAGGUUGCCCGCCGAGUCACCUGCUAAGCUCCAAAGUGAGGUUUCAGUGGAUCUUACAGCAAUCAAUGGUCUUUCUUACAAUAAAAGCCUUGCCAAUGGCAGUUAUGAUUUAGUUAACAGAGACUUUUGCCAAGGAAAUCAGCUGACUUACUUCAAGCAGGAAAUACCUGUACAACCAACUACCUCAUAUCCCAUUCAGAAUUUAUACAAUUAUGAGAACCAGCCCACGCCCAGCAAUGAAUGUCCUCUACUGAGUAAUAAGUACCUUGAUGGGAACGCUAACACAUCUACCUCAGACGGAAGCCCCGCAGGGUCCCCAAGGCCUGCCAUGAUGACUGCUGUUGAAGCACUGGAGGGCAGGACAGACUCUGAGCAGAGCCCUUCUGUGGGGCACUCCUCAAGGACUCUCGGCCCCAACCCAGGACUGAUUCUUCAGGCUUUGACACUGUCGAACGCUAGCGAUGGGUUUAACCUAGAGCGGCUUGAGAUGCUUGGCGACUCCUUCUUAAAGCACGCUAUCACCACGUAUCUGUUUUGCACAUACCCUGAUGCUCAUGAGGGCCGCCUUUCAUAUAUGAGAAGCAAAAAGGUCAGCAACUGUAACCUGUACCGCCUUGGCAAGAAGCAGGGACUGCCCAGCCGCAUGGUGGUGUCGAUAUUUGAUCCUCCUGUGAAUUGGCUUCCUCCUGGUUAUGUGGUAAACCAAGACAAAAGUAACUCAGAGAAAUGGGAAAAGGAUGAAAUGACAAAAGACUGCUUGCUGGCUAAUGGCAAACUGGGUGAGGACUGUGAGGAGGAGGAGGAGGAGGAGCUGGCGUGGAGGGCUCCCAAGGAGGAGGCUGAGUAUGAAGACGACCUCCUGGAGUAUGACCAGGAGCACAUUCAGUUUAUAGACAGCAUGCUAAUGGGCUCAGGGGCCUUUGUGAAGAAAAUCCCUCUUUCCCCCUUUUCCACCUCUGAUUCUGCAUAUGAAUGGAAAAUGCCCAAAAAGGCCUCCCUGGGCAGUGUGCCGUUUUCCUCAGACCUUGAGGAUUUUGAUUACAGCUCUUGGGAUGCAAUGUGCUAUCUGGAUCCUAGCAAAGCCGUUGAAGAGGAUGACUUUGUGGUAGGUUUCUGGAAUCCAUCAGAAGAAAACUGUGGCGUGGACACAGGGAAGCAGUCCAUUUCUUACGACUUGCACACUGAGCAGUGCAUCGCGGACAAGAGCAUAGCGGACUGCGUGGAGGCCCUGCUGGGCUGUUACUUAACCAGCUGUGGUGAGAGGGCUGCUCAGCUCUUCCUCUGCUCGCUGGGGCUGAAGGUGCUCCCAGUCAUCAAAAGGACCAGCCGGGACAAGGCCUCGUACCCUGCUCAGGAGAACUCAAGCAGCCAACAGAAGAGCCCUUCAGGGAGCUGUGCUGCUGCAGUCAGUCCCCGCUCCUCUGCAGGGAAAGACUUGGAGUAUGGCUGCUUGAAGAUCCCGCCAAGGUGUAUGUUUGACCAUCCAGAUGCAGAGAAAACCCUGAACCACCUCAUAUCUGGGUUUGAAAAUUUUGAAAAGAAAAUCAACUACAUAUUCAAGAAUAAGGCUUACCUUCUGCAGGCUUUUACACAUGCCUCCUACCACUACAACACUAUUACUGAUUGUUACCAGCGCUUAGAAUUCCUGGGAGAUGCGAUUUUGGACUACCUCAUAACCAAGCACCUUUAUGAAGACCCACGGCAGCAUUCUCCAGGGGUCCUGACUGACCUGCGCUCUGCCCUGGUCAAUAACACCAUCUUUGCGUCGCUGGCUGUGAAGUAUGACUACCACAAGUACUUUAAAGCCGUCUCUCCUGAGCUCUUCCACGUCAUUGAUGACUUCGUGCAGUUUCAGCUGGAGAAGAACGAGAUGCAAGGAAUGGACUCUGAGCUUAGGAGAUCCGAGGAGGAUGAGGAGAAAGAAGAGGAUAUUGAAGUCCCCAAGGCCAUGGGAGACAUUUUUGAGUCUCUUGCUGGUGCCAUUUAUAUGGACAGUGGGAUGUCCCUGGAGGUGGUCUGGCAGGUGUACUAUCCGAUGAUGCGGCCUCUAAUAGAAAAGUUUUCUGCAAAUGUGCCUCGUUCUCCGGUAAGAGAAUUGCUUGAGAUGGAACCAGAAACUGCCAAGUUUAGCCCAGCGGAGAGAACUUACGAUGGGAAGGUCAGAGUCACCGUGGAAGUGGUGGGAAAGGGGAAGUUUAAAGGUGUCGGCCGGAGCUACAGGAUCGCAAAGUCUGCUGCAGCACGAAGAGCCCUCCGCAGCCUCAAAGCUAACCAGCCUCUGGUUCCUAACAGCUGAAGCUUCCAGACUCACAGGCGGCAAGGCAGUGACCAGAACCAUAGCAGCACACCACAAAGGAUGACUCAAGCCGACACAGAGCAGAAAGAUUGACGGCAGAACUUAAAGUUUGAUAAUGAGAUAGAUAACAGAAUAAAACCUUUAAUAUGUGUAUAAACUCUUUGGAACUAAUUGUAGCUUUAGUUUUUGCGCAGACACAAUCUUGUCUUCUUUAUCCACCCUGCUUUGUUUAGUCACAGGAGCGCUUUGAUGCUGGUGUUUAUUGGCGAGUUUUUAAAUCACUUUGACAGGUUUCUGGGUUUUUAUUUGUUUGUUUUUGUUUUCACAUUUCAUUUCUGUUGACUUGACUUGGCUUGGUGUUAGAGAUCAUGGAGCUUAACCCUCUGACAGUCCCUAGAGCUCGGGGGUCCUGACCCUGCGGUUCCUCCACACCAGUGCCUGUUUGCUGCAGUUGUCAAGCCCAGCAAAGCAGAACAGUUUGCAAAGGAAGCUCUGGUGUUGUGGAGGGCAGUGGAGGAAGGGGCGGGGCAGCCCCCUGUCGCUGUGGCACAUAGUAGUAAGGGACAGACUUGGAGUCAGUGUUGGCCAUCGAUGAGUCGAGGCCAGGUUUUCAGAGGUCACGUAGUGCUGCAGAGGGCUCUUGCCUUAAAAGUACGGGCCUGAUAGUUUGCUUUCUUAUCUUGCCUUCCCGGGUUAUGCAUUGGAUGAGAUGGGUGGCAGCUCACCAGAGCACCUGCACCAGAAUUACUGCAGUAGGAUUUCUGUUGCGUGUCCUGAAAACAUUCGAAAACCCGGCGUGAGUAGAUGGAGUUUUAAAGCACCAUUAUAGACAGGAUAUGUGGCUAGAUGCCCAGUUUUCCUCAGAACUUUCUGCCAGGGGUCCCAGUGGUGGAAGUGCUUGCCCAGUCGACCAUUGUUCAUUGACAAAAUGAGCCUGAGAUGCAGUCCGCCUAGAUAGACAUGCCGCAGGUUUGUACUGGAGCACGUCCUGGCAGUGUUGCCAGAGUCACCCAUGCUGGGCCGUCAGUCUCAUGGGGUCAGCAUUGAGGCAGACUGCCAGGACUGACUCGUCUGGGGUGGAAGUCGUGAGUUUAGAUAAACUAGGUCCUUAGUUCAUCUCAGAAUCAGAGAAACUAAAGCUGUUUAGGCAUUUGCUGAAGCGCCUGGACCGGGCUUGUGGGCCCUCUUCACUUACACACCUCAGUCCCCUCCCUUUGCGUGCAUUUUCCCGUUGGUGCUAUGUUUAUGUAUCAUGCUUGAAGUUUAAUUUUUUGCACUGUGACUAUAAUACCUCUUAAUUUACAUUUUAAAAUGCUAUAUGGGUUGCUCAUGCCCUCCCACCGACAUACAGGAGAGUUUUGCUGCAUUUAGCCCUAUUACGCUUGAAGUUUCAGCACGCUGAGCCAGGGUGGCUCGUGCUUCCCACACGUCUUCUGAGGCUGAUGCUUCAUGCAAUGCUGCACUUAGGUUCCAGUCACCUUUGGCUUCACUGCACCAUCCGCUCGAGAGAGACGCCGUGUGCGCUGAGCACUCGGGCUGUCAGGUACCCCACGUGAAGGGGGGGAGAGUGAGCUUCUCCAAGGAUUACGUAAUUGCCCAUCUGAAAAUCGGGAUCUGAAUUAGUGUUUGGUGAAAUCAAUUUGGCUGACUCAUCUUAAAUAUUUAAUUCUAACUUGAAAUUGUAGUUGUCUAUUUGAUUUAGAACAUCCCUCUCCCCCAUGCACACACACACACACACACACACACACACACACACACACACACACACCCCUACAUACAAACACACCCCCCCCACACACACACACACAAACCUUAAUGCAAGACAUCAUAGCAUGUGCAAACCAGGUGAUCUUUUGAAUGUUGUAGCUAUAAUUUGUACAGUGAGAUAGUAAGGUAGGGUGGGAUUGUGGGAGGUGGAAUUUGUUGUCCUAUUACCGUCUCUUGGUAAUUUAUAAACUACCUGAUUCUCUGCAUUGUGAUUUGUGCAUUUAUGUCCUGGGGUGCUCUGGCAUCCUGGCACCAAAAUCAGACUGUUUUACAGUUCCAUUCCUGGUGGAAGAAAAUGCCUCAAUAUAUUUUGUAACCAUAAGGAGAGUAUUUUUUUGUUAAUAUUAAAAAGAUCAGAAUUGGAUAUGCUUAGAUCAUCCAUUCUCAGGGCUCAAAUUUUAUGCCACUAUUCAGAAUGUUGUAUCAGUAGCAAACUUGGGCUGUUUUUCCUUUUAUCCCCCCGUACCCGCCUCUUUUUGGUUGUUGUUUGAUAAAAGUACCUGAAAAUUAAUUUGACCCACAGUUUGAAUCAUACUGUGAUUUACCCAGAGACCAAGUUGGGGAAUCAGAAGUACGAUGACGAGUUAGACACACGCGAAGAUCAGGAAUGCAUUUGUGUUGGGGAGUUGUCCCCAGGCUCUCACUGGUUGAAAGACUGCAUUUUAGAGAAAAGUUGUUCUGUUCCCUCCCGUGAUGACUUCGUGUGCCUCCCCUGCCAGUGUAGCAGGAGGAGGAGAAGCCAGCCAGCGGCUGUGAGGACGAGGUGGGCCGCUGCACAGAUGCUGUGGCUGUGCGUGAGCUCCUGGGGUGCUGCAGUACUGGGACACCCCCUGUGGCCCCUUGGCAAUCCCAGCCGUACAGAGGGAGGGAGGGAGGCCCUGUCUUCUGUUGGGUUGUGUCCAUGAAGCAUGGGCUGGCCAGUGUUCCAGAGGGGAGGCCUGUGGUUCUGACUUGACAACAUACGGGGAUGCCUACAGCUUGUCACACACUUGCACACUUUAGCUAUUAUUAUUACUUUGUCUGUGGCAUUUUCUUCUGUCUGUAAAGUGAAAGCACGGCAGAAAUGUGUUGACUGAACACUUAAUUAUGCUUUUUAAAUGUUUUGGUUACGUUUCUUUUUUCAUUUAUAUUAUAUGAAAUGAUUAAAUUUAGAAUAACCUCUAACACUCCUAUAAUUAUCAUUUAAAAUACUGAUGUUUUUAUUGUCUCGACAGUAGUCCGUCCUCAGAACAGUGCAGACACACUGUGUGAUUAGCAGGGACUUGAGGCUGUUUUGGUUCUGCCGUUCAGUUCCUGUGUACAGUCGCUCACCAGCAGCCACCAGACAGUGGCUGCGAGCGUGGAGAACAGUCAAAAAUCCACAACCUCCCGGUUUGCUUGUAGGGCCUAUUGAUUUAAAACUACUCCUUGCUCGGUGAAGGCACCUAGUCCUCCUGCACAAACGUAACGCUGGCAAACGGAGGCCUUGCACCUUUAUUUCACAGCCCCUGAGCUGAGCCGCCAGCCGCAUCCUUAGCCAACUGUGUCUGCAGCGGGCUCUGUGUCUCCUCUGUGCUUAACAACGUCCGAGAACCCAUAGCUUCCCACCUGCUGAUCGCUUCUCUGGAAUUUAAUUAUUUUUCAAUAAAUUCUGUAGUUUAUACUGUAUAUGAGACAUUUUAAAGAUAGUUGAAAUGACUGUAAAGGUGGUGUGUCUGCCAUGGAGACCGUGUGUUGUCCACUGGCAGGGAAAAUGAUCACCUCUAACUUGCAGAUAGUACUUUAUUCAUUAUUUUCUUGUCUGUUUUUCUUUGCUAAACAACCACAGACAGUUUCAGUGUCAUAGAUGGCCCCAGAGUUUGCCUCGGCUGCUGGUUCCAUAGCGGAAGAACGCAUCUGCCUUCUCUGCUGUAAAUAAAGGGGAGUCACUAGCGAAGUCAGGCUGAGCGUUCCGCUGACAAUGAACUACGUCCGUCACAUGCUGCAGCCUUUUAAAGAAACGUAUUUGUGCAUACAGCGGUCACUGUAGAGCUGCAACAGCACCUCCGGACCACAGUCACCUUUAGCUUUCCGUUCCGUUUGUUUUUCUUUUUAAUAAUUGUAGCCAAUAAAGUUAUUGUCUGUUCA